GUUUGGUGCUAUGAAUGUUUAAAUUAUUUUAAUGAAUCUCGAGUCAUGUUUUAAUUUCUAAUACCAAAGACAACUAAUGUAUAAUAUUUUGAUAUUUUUAAUGAAAUAAAAUGGGAAAAUCGGAGAAUGCAUUCUGCAGGCUUUGCCUGAAGGUCAUAAACAACAAGAAUUUCAAAGUAAUAGAAGAAACUAUUAGAGAAGUUCUAGACGUUUUGCAUUUAAAGCUGGAUGAGGAAGAAAAUAAUACAAAUGUGAUAUGCAACGCUUGUUCCAUUAAACUGUUUGCUGCCUUUCAAUUCAAGGUAAUAUGUAUGGACACCGAAGACAGUAUUUUUCCUUACAUUAAUUCUGAAAAUGUGGAAACUGUGGAUUUAAAAAAGCUUUAUCUGAAGGAGAAACAUAAAGAACAUUUAAGUACCAUAUUGGAAGAUGAGAAAAUUUGCCGAUUAUGUAUGCGGGUUAGCAUCUCUGGAUUUUCAUCUGUAAAUAACGUAGAGACUGAUUUGAUCCGUAAAUGCAUUCCAGAAGUUAAUUUUAGUUGCACUGAAGAACCAGUUAUAUGUUCAUGUUGUCUUGAUUCGUUGAACACUCAUGGUAAUUUUUUAAAGAAGUGUUUAGGGGCGCAGGAUGAAAUUAAAAAUAUUUGUGUCACUGAAGGUACAGGGAGUGAGUUCUGUGUCGGUGCUGAAGAAAUUGAAAUAAAAUCUGAAGAAAACGAUGAAGAUAGCGAUACCCCUUCCUUUAACGAAGAAACCAACGAAGGCGAAACCAAGGACAACUGUGGUCUAAACCCUCAACUGUCAUAUCCGAAACCUUCCAUUGCAGAAAUAUACAAAUGUGAAUUGUGCGAUUAUCAAGCGAAACGCAGAUACUAUAUUGUCCGUCAUCAGCUAAAACAUAAAAAACUUUAUGAAGUACAAACUUACAACUGUAACGUAUGCGACUACAAAACCAAAUUUAAGCAUAAUCUCGUGUCGCACCAGUUAAAGCACGAAGACCCUUUGAAAUUACGAGUGUACGAGUGCGAUAAAUGCGAUUUCAAAUCUAAAAAAAGGGGUUUUCUAAAUACACACCAACGAAAAUACCACAAAGAGCUUCACAAGUGCGAUAAGUGCAGUUAUAGCACCAUCAACAAACAGCACUUCACGCGACAUCAGCUGGUACAUAAAGAUUUGUCUGAAGUGCGCUUAUACGAGUGUGAUACAUGCACUUUCAAAACCAAGCACAAAUACAGCUUUUCCGUCCAUCAACUGAGUCAUAAAGAUGUUUCCGAGGUGCCGACAUACAAAUGCGAUCAGUGUGAUUACGUGACGAAGCAGAAGGUCCUCCUCAGAAGCCACCAGUUGAGACACAAAGAUGUAUCCGAGCUGGAACUUUACGAAUGCGAUGUUUGCGGCUACAAGUGCAAAGCAAAAGGCACUCUCAAAAGGCACCAGCUGAGGCACAAAGACAUUUCCAAACUGCCGACAUUUAAGUGUUACACUUGCGACUAUCAGACUAUUAACAAGAGUCACUUGAUACGUCAUAUAACAGUACAUAGGGACCCGUCGCAUGUGCAAAAGUACAAGUGCGAUUCUUGCAAUUUCGAGGCGAAGUACAAGGAUGGUCUUAUGCGCCACCAGAUGAAACACAAAGACCGUUCAGAGCUUGAAUUGUUCAAGUGUGAUAUUUGUAGUUAUGAAACCCUGCACAAGAGCUGUCUUAAGCUGCAUCUAGAAAACCACAAGGACAUUUUCGAAAUGCCUGUAUACAAAUGUGAUGAGUGCGGUUUCACAACUAAGUACAAGAACAACCUAACAUUCCAUCAGUUGCGGCACAGAAACUUUUCAAACGAGCAAAUGCACAAAUGUACUAUUUGUGAUUUUACCACUACGCAUAAGAAUUACCUUAAGCGCCAUCUGCUUCAGCACGAGAACCUUUCCAUAGCGCAACUGUACACGUGUGAUUCUUGUGACUUUAAGACAAGGUUUAAGAACAACCUCAGAUAUCACCAGUUGAGCCACAAAAAAUUUUCGGAAGUCCAAACGUACAGGUGUGACCAGUGCGAUUUUAAAACGAAGCAUAAAAACAACCUGAAACGCCAUAUGGUAACACACAAAGACCUCUCGGAUACGGAAUUAUACAAGUGUCAUACUUGUGGUUACAAAGCGAAGCUCAAAUCGAGUAUGUCACAACACCAGCUGAAACACAAGGAUCUUUCCAGUGUGCAAAUGUUCAAAUGUAAAUUGUGCAAAUUCAAAAGCAAGCACCAGAGCAGCCUUGUACGCCACAAACUACUGCACAAAAGCCGUUCCAAAAGAGCUUAGAGCGAACCAUCGACUAACACACGAAAAAAACCAUUGUACAAAGGUGAUGGGUGUGAUUCUACAACCAAUCACAAGAAAACCUUCCUAAAGCGAAAAUGGACAAAUGUGAUACAUACAUGCAUAAACCUAGAAAUAGGUCAUAAUGCACAUCCGUUAAGAUACGAAGGUGUUUCUGAGGCUCAAAUGUACAAGUGCGAUGUUUGGUUGUUAUGUAAGUUAAAGGGUGAACUUCAAGACCAUCAGCUGAUGCUGAUGCACAAAAACGCUUCCAAAUUGUCAAUUGAAAAUAUAAGACUUAUUGUAAAGUCCUUUUGGUAAGCUAUCUCAAUGUACAACAGAUUUUUUAUGGCGUAGAUGUACAAGUGCGAUUCUUGUGAUUCCCAAGCGAAGUACAAAGAAAAUCUAUUAUUAGAUAAAGCACAAAGACCAUUCGGAAUAUGAAAUAUUCAAGUGUGACAUGCUUAACCACAAGGAUAUUUCCAAAGUUAACCUGUACACGUGUGACGUGUGUGUGAUUUCAAAACUAAGCACUUUCGAACAACCAGUAGAGGCAUAGAGACCUUUUAAAUGAACAGCUUGACAAAUGUGCUACUUACAAUGUUACAACUAUUGCGACUUAAUGAACAGGCAUAAGAACAACCUUAGACAUCACCAGUUGAGCCAUAAAAAGUGUUUAGAAAUCCAAAUGUACAUGAGCGAUCUGUGACUUUAAAAAGAGUAUAAGAACCCGAAAGGUUGUACAAGUGUGAUGCGAGUGAUUAUGAAAUGAACUUAGUUUAACAAACCAACUAAUACACAAAGUGCUAUGGUACAUAUGCGAUAGUUUUGAUUUUACAACCAACCACAGAAUCAGUUAGAUCUGUUUUGUCAAAUCACCAGUGAAGACAAAACACAUAAGAUGUGUGAUAUGUAUAAGUUUGUAAAGAAAACCUUGAUUUAUCCUAUUACUG